AUGUCACCUUCCACCUCAAACAUCGUAAUCGAUAUCCGAGCUAUUCCAAACCAACGACCGUCUCACCAAUUUCCCCUGCUCGUCGUACAAAUCAAGAUUCUCGCACGGAGCAGGAUAAAUGGUCCCUACCACUUGGCCCUGCACGUAACCACACUGGAAUACGUUCUUCCUUUUAUCCGUCACACCAACCGAAAUGUCCCGGAAAGUGACGUUGGUCACGGGUAUCUCCACACUCCCCUGGAUGCGGACGGGCACACGGACCCCCUCGCCGUGAACCGUUUCGUAGCUGAUGUCAGCCAGCACCGGGAAGGCCCGGGGAUCGUAGCCCCCGUCCGGGUGCUCGUUGUAGUCCGUCUUUAUCACAAUGCCCACCCGAACGUUGUCGAACGUCCUGAAGCCCAUAUACUCUUGUGGCCAGCAAACCCAAACCUUUUUGAUAAGGAUAAGUUAUCAUGUGCCUUAUCAGUCUCGAUCCUAGGUCGUACGGGUGAAGUGUCCAAAACGGGGAAUCACAAUAAAGUCAACAAGUCAGAUCAGUGCUUAAUUUCAUUAAGAAGUUUCUCAAACCUCAUAGAGGCUUUGCAACUUAUUGGUUUAGCAAUAAAUGCUUCUCACGAGUUCAUUUCUGAAUCAAAACCACACCAAAGCCGAGACCUUAAGCCUUGA